CACUUGCCACUAUCUCAUCAGCUUUCGUAAAAUUUGGAACCUAGAGAGGAUAGUGGAGAAUGAAGGUGUUACAAUGAGAGAAGGUGCAGAUUGGGAUUGACAUGUGUUCAGUUCCCUUUUUGUCUUUCUUGAAAGUCUAACAGGAUUCUCUUUCCUCCCAGACUCCCAAACAGGUGAGGAAGAUGAAAGUCAGAAUUCUAUGGAGCCACAUGUGAAUUUGUGCGAAAGAACAAAGAAAUUGAUACAACAACAAACUCAAAAAGGAGAAAAACUAUUUGAAUUUACGGAAUGUGGAAAGAAUGUGAAAAGUGGAAAACUUAGACUACAUCAACGAACUCAUACGGGGGAGAAACGAUUUGAAUGUUUUGAAUGUGGAAAGAGUUUCAGCAAAAGUGGAACACUUAGAGUACACCAACGAACUCACACAGGGGAGAAACCAUUUAAAUGUAUUGAAUGUGGAAAGAGCUUCAGUGAUAAUGGAGCACUUAGAAUACAUCAACGAACUCAUACAGGGGAGAAACCAUUUAAAUGUAUUGAAUGUGGAAAGAGCUACAGUGAAAGUGGAGCACUUAGAAUACAUCAACGAACUCAUACGGGGGAGAAACUAUUUGAAUGUUUUGAAUGUGGAAAGAGCUUCAAUGAAAGUCGAACACUUAGAAGACACCAACGAACUCACACGGGGGAGAAACCAUUUAAAUGUACUGUAUGUGAAAAGAGCUUCAGUCGUAGUGGAACACUUAGAAGACAUCAACGAACUCACACAGGGGAGAAACCAUUUGAAUGUAUGGAGUGCGAUAGGAGCUUCAGUCAAAGUGGUGCACUUAGAAUACACCAACGAACUCACACGGGGGAGAAACCAUUUAAAUGUACUGUAUGUAGAAAGAGCUUCAUUGAAAGUGGAACACUUAGAAUACACCAACGAAUUCACACGGGAGAGAAACCAUUUAAAUGUAUUGAAUGUGGAAAAAGUUUCAGUCGUAGUGGAACACUUAGAAGACAUCAACGAACUCACACGGGAGAGAAACCAUUUGAAUGUUUUGAGUGUGCAAAGAGUUUCAGCAAAAGUGGAACUCUUAGAAUACACCAACGAACUCACACGGGAGAGAAACCAUUUAAAUGUAUUGAAUGUGGAAAGAGCUUCAGUGAUAGUGGAUCACUUAGAAUACAUCAACGAAUUCACACGGGAGAGAAACCAUUUGAAUGUUUUGAGUGUGGAAAGAGUUUCAGCAAAAGUGGAACUCUUAGAAUACACCAACAAACUCACACGGGGGAGAAACCAUUUAAAUGUAUUGAAUGUGGAAAGAGCUUCAAUACAUUGUUUCCAUUGUCUUCACACCAACGAACUCACACAGGGGAGAAACCAUUUAAAUGUAUUGAAUGUGGAAAGAGCUUCUGUCAAAGUGGAGCACUUAGAAGACACCAACAAACUCAUACAGGGGAGAAACUAUUUGACUGUACGGCAUGUGGAAAGAGCUUCAGUAAAAGUGUAGCACUUAGAAUCCACCAAAGAACUCACACAGGGGAGAAACCAUUUGAAUGUUUUGAGUGUGGAAAGAGCUUCAGUGAAAGUGGAGCACUUAGGAGACACCAACAAACUCACACAGGGGAGAAACCAUUUGAAUGUUUUGAGUGUGGAAAGAGCUUCAGUGUUAGUGGAUCACUUAGAAUACACCAAAGAAUUCACACAGGGGAGAAACCAUUUAAAUGUAUGGAGUGUAGUAAGAGCUUCUGUGAUAGUGGAAGUCUUAGAAUACACAAAAGAAUUCACACAGGGGAGAAACCAUUUGAAUGUUUUGAGUGUGGAAAGAGCUUCAGUCGAAAUGAUACACUUAGAAAACACCAACGAACUCAUACAGGGGAGAAACAAUUUAAAUGUAUUGAAUGUGGAAAGAGCUUCAGUCGAUAUGAACACCUUAAAAUACAUCAACGAACUCACACAGGUGAGAAACCAUUUAAAUGUGUUGAAUGUGGAAAGAGCUUCAGUGAAAGUGGAGACCUUAGAAAACACCAACGAACUCACACAGGGGAGAAACCAUUUAGAUGUAUUGAAUGUGGAAAGAGUUUUAGCAUAAGCGGAGCACUUAGAAUGCACCAACGAACUCAUACAGGGGAGAAACCAUUUAGAUGUAUUGAAUGUGGAAAGAGUUUUAGCAUAAGCGGAGCACUUAGAGUGCACCAACGAACUCAUACAGGGGAGAAACCAUUGAAAUGUGUUGAAUGUGGAAAGAGCUUCAGUCAAAGUGGAUCACUUAGAAGACAUCAACGAUCUCACACGGGGGAGAAACCAUUUAAAUGUGUUGAAUGUGGAAAGAGCUUCAGUGAUAGUGGAGCACUUAGAAGACAUCAACGAACUCACACAGAGGAAAAAUCACAUGAAUGUUUUGAAUGUGGAAAGAGCUUCAGUGAAAGUGGAAAACUUAGAAGACACCAACGAACUCACACGGGGGAGAAACCAUUUAAAUGUACUGUAUGUGGAAAGAGCUUCAGUGAUAGUGGAUCACUUAGAAUACACCAACGAACUCACACAGGGGAAAAACCAUAUAAAUGUAUUGAAUGUGGAAAGAGCUACAGUCAAAAUGGAUACCUUAGAAUACAUCAACGAAUUCACACGGGGGAGAAACCAUUUAAAUGUAUUGAAUGUGGAAAGAGUUUCAGCAAAAGUGGAGUACUUAGAGUACACCAACAAACUCACACAGGGGAGAAACCAUAUAAAUGUAUUGAAUGUGGAAAGAGCUACAGUCAAAAUGGAUACCUUAGAAUACAUCAACGAACUCACACCGGGGAGAAACCAUUUAAAUGUAUUGAAUGUGGAAAGAGUUUCAGCAAAAGUGGACACCUUAGAACACACCAACGGAUUCAUACAGGGGAGAGACCAUUUAAAUGUAUUGAAUGUGGAAAGAGUUUCAGUGAAAGUGGAUCACUUAGAAUACACCAACGAACUCACACAGGGGAGAAACCAUUUCAAUGUAUGGAUUGUGGAAAGAGCUACAGUCAAAAUGGAGCACUUAGAAGACACCAACAAACUCACACGGGGGAGAAACCAUUUGAAUGUGUGGAUUGUGGAAAGAGCUUCAGUCAAAAUGGAGCACUUAGAAGACAUCAGCGAACUCACACAGGGGAGAAACCAUUUAAAUGUAUUGAAUGUGGAAAGAGCUUUAGUUAUAGUGGAUCACUUAGAAUACACCAACGAACUCACACAGGGGAGAAACCAUUUAAAUGUAUGGAAUGUGGAAAGUGUUUCAGUGAAAGUGGACAUCUUAGAAUACACCAACGAACUCAUACAGGGGAGAAACCAUUUAAAUGUACGGAAUGUGGAAACAGCUACCGUCAAUCUGGAGCACUUAGAAUACAUCAACGAACUCACACAGGGGGAAAACCACAGAUACUUUAAUAAACUUUAAUAAACCGCAUAGGUGUUUUUUACCUUUCCUUCUAUGCUUCCUUGCAAUACUGAUAAAAUCAAAACACCCUAAUGCUUUCAGCCCCAGAAGAGGAGCUCCCCUUGGUGUCAGGGGAAGGGUCCAAGGGAGCAUCUGGAGCCCUGCCAUUCCUUCUGUCCCUGGCCCCUUCCCCUCCUCUCUCUGCCAUCCCUGGGCCACUCCUUACUCCAUAGCAGGAGACUGGAUCUGUCUGUGAUGGUGAGAUGUCCUGGCUGGUUGAAGGACCACUUCCUGUUUUCUGCAGCUCUAUCCUGCCUUCUCGUGGAAGCUGGAGUCAUGAAGCAGGCGAAGACUGAGCACACCUAAGGGUGGCGCAGGGGGUGGGUGGGAUUCUGCUUAACCUUUCCCCGUCUGCUCCUUUUCUGGAUCCAAAUCCCCACACAAAAAGGGGCAGUGUGAGGGCACAAUCAGUGUUAUGGAGCUGCACUGAAAAUCAUUGCUUUGUGACUGUAAGAGGCCCUUCUCAAAAAAAGAAGCAUCAAGAGAAUUUAAGCUACAGAAUUUAAAACAAACAGAUAAUUACAAAAAAAGAAAGCAGUCUGGUGCCACAUUGCGUAGGAGUUAGUUUAACACACUCUUCUUGGGGCUGCCUUUGAAAAGCGCUCAGAAAGUUCAAUGGCUCAAAGAGCUGCAGACACAUUACUGACCAGGGCUGGCUAUAGGCAGCAUAGGAUUCCCAUAUUUGAACAACUCCGUCUGCCUAAUUCUCUGUUUCAAUCAAUGUUUCCACAAGAAGAGGAAGAUAGAUUUGGAGUGCCGCAUUUUCAAAAAAGGUGGACACACGACAAAUUCUUUGUGGAGCUGAAAGGCAUGCCCGUGUGUCUCAUUUGUGGUGAGGCCCUCUCCGUCCUGAAGAAGGCCCACCUGCAGAGGCACUCCAGGACGAAGCACAUUCAGUACGAGGAGUUCCAAGGGCAGCUGCGCCAGGAGAAGGUCAAGGCGCUGAAAACGGACCUGUUGGGUAACCUGUGGCCCCUCCAGAUGAUGUCAAAUUGCAACUCAUGUCUUCUUCAAAUUGCAACUCACGUCCUCAAAAUGGUUCAGCCUCCACCACCUUUACUGCAGUCAACUGAAGGCAACCAACUGUGCCCUGGGCCCCCCAAUCUUUCUCACUGCCAAUGAAAACUAAUAAAUGAAUAGGAAGAGAAGCUACCCAUGUCACACUGACACAAACACCUUGCAUAUGAACUUUGUAAAAUAAUGAAAGUGUAUUCUACCCCCCCCCCCGCUUGCUCUCCCCACCUCUCAAUUCCCCAGCCUUACACUGUAUACAACAUUAAAGUCUGUCUGUCUCUGAAUUUUUAUGUUAUCCAAAGUAACAGAGUAGCUUAUAGUUAGGAAGCCAAAUAGCUAUUCUAGUUGAUAGUUCCUUUUUACAGACUAUACAGUGGCCAGACUCUUGCUAUUCAAAAGAGCUUUACUUUCAUAAUCAUAUAACUGAGAAGAAUAGAAGAGGAGUCUGUAACCUGAAGUGUAUGUAACACGAGGUACCACUGUACAAUCUUCUGCUUAUUCAAACACGCAGCCC